UAAGAUUUGCUCCACCAUUUCGGCAUAAUCACCUACUCAACUAGGCAGACAAGUGAGUCGAACCCAUCAAUGGCGCCGAAGCAGAGGAAGCCGAAGGUAAGCCGUAACCCGGAUCUCAUCCGAGGGAUUGGAAAAUUCUCUCGUUCCAAGAUGUACCACAAGAGGGGUCUCUGGGCCAUCAAAGCCAAAAACGGCGGCGUUUUCCCCCGCCAUGACCCCAAACCCAAAGCUGCCUCUCCAGCUGAGAAGCCUCCCAAGUUUUACCCCGCCGAUGACGUCAAGAAACCACUCAUUAAUAAGCGCAAACCAAAACCCACCAAGCUUAGAGCGAGUAUUAUUCCCGGUACAGUGUUGAUUAUACUUGCUGGAAGGUUCAAAGGCAAGAGAGUUGUGUUCUUGAAGCAGCUUCCCUCUGGGUUGCUUUUGGUUACAGGACCAUUUAAGAUAAAUGGGGUGCCUCUAAGACGUGUGAAUCAAGCGUAUGUGAUUGGAACUUCUACUAAGGUUGACAUCUCUGGAGUGAAUGUAGACAAGUUUGAUGACAAAUACUUUGCCAAGGAGGCUGAAAAGAAGAAAAAGAAGGGAGAGAAUGAGUUCUUUGAGGCAGAGAAAGAGGAGAAGAAGGUUCUUCCACAGGAGAAAAAGGAUGACCAGAAGUUGGUUGAUACAGCAUUGAUCAAAUCCAUCGAGAGUGUUCCAGACUUGAAGUCUUAUCUGGCCGCAAGGUUUUCCCUCAAGGCUGGCAUGAAACCUCAUGAACUUGUGUUUUAGAGAGACAUAUUGGAGAGUUUUAGGAUUCUUUGGCAUUUUCUUCUUGUUAUGCUUUUUUUGGACUCGAUUUUGGCUGUGUACUCUCUAAGUUUCAUUGGUUUCAAAAAUCUAAAUUUUGCCAUUGUGUUAGGCAUUGCAUUGUGCAAGGAAUUGUUUUCUCUUUUUCAUGAACAAAUGAUAUAUAUUAUAUGACGAGUUCUUAUCACA